AUGGCUACCCCAGCGGCCCCAGCGACGUUCGCCGUGAUGCACCGACGCGUCACGGAGGCCGGCGUCAUGGCUGCGAUCCACGAGUUCCAGCGGCGCAAGGCCGACGGAGACGACAAUGAUCUCCUCAUCGCCGAAGACGUGCUCCUCCGUCGCUGGCUGGACGGUCGUUUGUCCGGCCUCGCCGUCUUCCGAGCGACGUACGAGGGCGACGUCAUGACGGUAACGACCCGCGGCGACAUUUUCAUCACCGAGGUGCCUGGUCAAGUGCACCAGCAGGCCAUUUUCCGCGUGGAUUACUACCAUGCUGGCACCGUCCGCAGACCCGACCUCGCGAUUGAACCGAGACGCGCGAUCCGCGGCGACCCCCGGAGCCAUUUGCCCCGCUGCAUGAUCGAGGUCGCCGUCACGCGCCACACGUCGUUCAACAAGUACGACCUGCACACACGCGCGCUCUUCGCUGAGUUUCCCGUGCUUCGGACGGUACUUGUCCUCGUCGUCUACCCGCUGCGGAACGCGGCAACACUUGACCCCAACAUGAACCCCAUCUUGGCGCAGAUGCCCGCGCUCGCUGUGCUCUACCGUCGUCUUGGCAGCAACAUUGCGAUCACGGAUGCCAUGAGCUGCGGCAACUACGCUCUACACGGGAACGUGCGCCUUCCCGGGGGUGUGGUUGUGCGGAACGAGGUCGCUGCGAUGGCUGCCGAGCUGCCGCUUUUCAACUUGGGCCAGCCGUGGAACCAUGGACCUUUCAUUACGCUGCUCGGUGACGAUCUGUACCGCGCCUCAGAUGGACGUGGCCAUAUCAUGCAAGGCUUGCUCCCCGACUACCCCGUGCAUUUAGCAACGACGAUCGCAGCAGCGAUUCGGACUGGAUACGAAGAAGCAACCCCCGCCAACGGUCUCGCCGCACAAGCUACUGCUGUCCAAGCAGCUGCACAAGCUGCCGUGCAAGCUGCUGCCGCACCGAAUGUCCGACGCCGCAACCACCGCUACAACCUCCGCCCUUGAAGAAGACUCUCUUCCAAGCGUCAUCGUGACAUUUCUUGUUUUCGUUUCUCCUUGCAACUUGGCAAAUGACAAUUCAAAGCGUUUGUUGUUCGCAGAUGUUGAUGUAUGGAAGCUCCAAUACAAUUGUACCAGUUGCA